AUGCAUCGAUUUAUAACACGACAUGAAGAUGAGAUGUUGGUAGAAAUAGGUGAUCCUAUACAUGUUAUAACAGAAUCAGAUGACUUAUGGUGUGAAGGUAUCAACCUGCGUACAGGUCAGAAGGGUAUAUUUCCUGCUAUGUAUGCUACUGAUUUAACUUUCUUAGAAGAAGAAGAGGACGAUUCUGAAGGUGAAUAUAGAAAAUAUAACCUACAGUUUCUGGGUUCUGUAGAGGUACAAUGUCAGAAAGGCGAUGAAGUUCUCUGUCAAGCUGUCAAUAAGGUUGCGUUAGCUAGAAGAUGUAACCUGGCCAUCAACCCACCACCUGUUUGUACUCUAGAAAUCAGUCAGUAUGGUAUUAGAAUGAUAGAUAAGAGUAAAGAGGGGCAUGAAAGUGACAGUUUUUCCCAUUUCUUUGCUUUGAAAAAUAUAUCUUUCUGUGGAACUCAUCCUAGAAAUGAUAGGUAUUUUGCUUUUAUCACCAAACAUCCAGUAGAUAUGAAGUUUGCUUGCCAUGUGUUUCUCGGUGAUAGAUCAACUCACAAAGUUACUGAUGCUUUAGGAUUUGCCUUUAAAAGAUUUUACCAAGAAUAUAUGGCAUUUACCCACCCUACAGAAGAUAUUUAUUUAGAUUAA